AUGAUCAAGUCACAUUUGGACUGCGGUGCUUUGAUGCAGGGGAAUAAAGAUGCUGCGAUCUCUAUUCAUAAGGGUACCCACCCUACAAGUACGCUUGAUGCCGGUUUAAGCUAUCUGAAGAAUUCCUCCUGUAUUACGCAGUUCAGCAUAAGACGGCACUGUUCAAUAUGGUUGCUAUGUGAAAGAAACAUGGAAACCCAGAACGUUGUCUUAAAACAAAAUUGGGAAUCCGGCAAUCGCUUCAAUAUUGCCGCUCUGAGGCUGUUCACGUCGUCCACGACUUCAAUGCCGAACUUUUUGCACACAAUUUGCGCAUUGCCUCUCUUCCAAUAUCCCUCCGGACAAGCCACGAUAGCUUUCCCCGGCACCCGUGCACAUAACCCAAGCUCCAACAAACUGAUCGGCGCUUGCGUUGCUGGGUGA